AUGCAGAACUCUGAGCCGGUGAAGAUCGGAACCACCACCACCAUGUCCACUGCUGCAACUCCAAUUCAAGGUGGAGAAGAGGGAUUUGCUUGUUCCUCAAAACCGGUGGAGCUUAAGGGUGACGGUGAUGACGUUACUGAAACGGGUUCAGUCGAUCCCAAGCCCUUGGCUUUGGUUGGUCACAAGAGGAAGGCUUCAUCAGAGAUCGAUCCUCAGCGUGUCUACUCUCCUCCUCCUGUUUCAUCCCCAACUGUUGAACAGAAUGCUGAUAUGGUGCCUCAAGGGGAAGGUGACAACGACAUGCCUCAUGGGGGGAUGUUGCUGGACCUAAACCAUGGCCCAGAAGAAGAAAUGGAUGACUAUCGUUAUCGUUAUGAUGAUGUAUUCAAAGAAAAUGUGGAAGCUGUUGCUGAAGACAACAUUGAAGUGAAGCUUGAAGGGGAGAAGGGCAUGCUUCAUGGAGGACUUUCCGAUUUUGACCUAAACCAUGAAGGAGUGGUCGACUCAAAAAGUGAUAAAGGAAAAGAAAAAUUGGAGACUGGUGACAUGGAGAACCCUGAUGAUGUGAAGCCUGGAGAAGACAAGGGCAUUCCUCAUGGAGUGCUUUCGGAGAUGGAUACAAACCAAGGAGAAGGAACAGUGAACCCUAUCACUGAUGUUGAAGAGAAAACACAAGUGGAGACUGAUUCUGCAGAAAACAACGAAGUAGAGCCUUCUGCAAUAAAGAAAAUUGAAGGGGUGCCUUCUACUGUUGAGAACACAGAAGUGGCACUUCCUGCUUCCGCCGUUGUAAUUGAACUGGAGCUUAAUUGCGAAUUUAACAAAGAAUCCGACCAUUUUUCUGAUAGUGAAGUGGAAUCCAAGACUUCUGCUAUGCCUGCUGAGAAGAAUGAAGGAGAGUCUUCUGCUGAUGAAGAAGAAGUGGAUGCUGAUGCUGAUGCUUCUGACAAAAUGGAAGUUAACCGUUAUGCUGUGGCUCCAGAGAAGAAGAAUGAAGAAGUGGAGGCUGAUGCUGCUGAGAAGGUUGAAGUUGUGCCUCAUGCUGGAGAUCAGAAGAAGAAGAAUAAAGCGGUGGAGCCUGAUGCUGUUGAGAAAGUUGAAGCUAAGCCUUACACAGGAAAACAUGAAGCAGGACCAUCAACCACAGGAGAAGAUGAAGUGGAGACAUCUCCUCCAGUGAAAGUUCAUGGCUUAUUGCGUAGCCCAGUGAAUUUUGAUCUUGACCUGAAUCAACCUCCUUCCAUGGAGGAGGAUUAA